AUGGAGAGAUACUUUGCUUGUUCUAGCAAAAGUUUCCCCGAAAAGGAUGAAAUAUUCAAGUUGUAUCUUUCCUCAGCUCACUUGGAAAUCCAGUGUUUUUUCCUAAUUGAAGAUGAGGUUGCUUCAAGGGGGAUUCUAAGCGUGUUUACAUCCAGAGGACUUGCUCCCAGUUUGGAAAUCAUAAAUAGUACAUAUACUGGCAUCUUCCACUUUAAUUUAACUUUGUACAGUGAUCGGGUUUACUGGUUGAUUAAUAUCCCUAGAGAAAACAUCACAAAAAACACAGAUAUUACACCAGUAGAAGAAUGGUUAGUAAGGAUUAGUUUACAUCACGGAUUAAAUAUUUAUGCUACUGAAGGAACUCUAUUGGAUACUGUUCGAGAACCUAUCCUUCAGUGGAAUCUUGGGGUUAUAAUGGAAGAAACUGACCUUAGUACAUUAUAUCCACAUGUGAUAGAUCUCAAGGUGACAAAAUGCCCCUGUGCCAAUGAUGUAGCAUUACUUGGCUUCAUUUUGGAUACAACAUUUGAUGGUGUUUACAUAGGCCUAACCUUUUCUGGAUUUUGGAAUUAUGAUAAUACCAGCUGGUAUAACAUGACAGAGAAUAUCUAUUCCCAACUUGACAAAGGUCUCACAGACCUUUCAGUGGUGGAUUUGGUUUUAACAAAUCAUUUUUUGGUUAUUCUCACCUCUUUGGGUCUUUUUGUAAGUAGAGAUCUUCGUUACCCAUCAGCCUCAGACUUAAGGUUUUCAAGGGCAGACUUUUGUGGUUUUGAAAGGGCUGACUACAUCAAAGGAAAAUUGUGGUAUAAUGAAAGAUGUUUUGCUAACAGAGAAAAAUUUGAAGUUGAUUAUGUUACUAUCACCUUCGACAGAAAUAGGACCCUAAGUGAGGCAAGCUCCUGUUUUUAUAGUACAGAACCAUUCCUCGAAUGGCUUCCUUGCAUACCUUACGCUUUAAGAGGAGUGAGAAAUGUUCCUUCAAACGUGAUAACGUUUCUUCUUGACAUAGAGCGUUCAAAUGGAAUUUACCUUUUCUCUAACCAGAAAAAAACCACUGCCUCUGUGCACAUCCUAAAAAAUAAUCAACCAAGUUUACAGAAUAAAUUUCCAAAUUUCUUGUUUCCUUCAUCAUUCUCUGUUCCCAUUGGAAUGGUAUUCCAUCCACGAAGUAAUUUUCUAUAUGCUUAUGGUAAUCAGGUAUGGCUUUCAAUGGAUGGCGGCAACACUUUUGAAUUAAUAGCUGACUUUCAUGGUGAUGUCAUAAGGAGGUCUUAUCACAGUUUUUAUAGUUCGGAUAUUACUUUUGUUUCCCAAAGUGGAAAGGUUUACUUGACAAAGGCAGGAUUAAAAACAUAUAGUGCGAUUGGAUCUGUUACUGAGAAAAUUUUUACAUUAUACUAUGAUCAUUUGGGAUUCAUACAUAAACUGACUCCAGAUCAUUUUGAAGCUGAUGAGUUACUAUCACCUCUUGGAAAUUCUAGAGCUAUUUUUGUCAAGGAUCUUGAUAUGGGCUUUGAGACUGCACUUGCUCCGCAGUUUAUCUCCUUAAAUGAAAUGAUUUUUUAUGCAUAUGUACCUCCGAAUGAACCAACGGCAACUGUACACACCAAGAAGUUCAACAAUAUGCACUUUGGAAAAGUGUUACACUACAGGAAAACUGGAUCAGCUUACAUAAGAAAGGUAUUGCAACAUAACAAUCUUAAAGGAUUUUUGUCUUCAAUUAUUACAGAAAUUAUAGAUCCUUUUGCAAUAGAAAGAAUGAGAAACAGCUCUUCUUCAUCUAGUUCCCUUUUCAUUACUGAUUUUGGAAAUUUCUCCUAUAAACUUACUCUUAAUUUACAAAGUGUUAAUUCCUUAUUUCGGCAUCAGGAUUUACAGAAGACUGUGGUGAUUCCUGGUUAUAGCAGCUUCCUGAUCACAGCAAUUUUAGAUGAUAGGAAUGCUUUAGCUAUUGCUACCAUGCCUAAAAGAGCGCCCAUCAAUAUGACCUUUCUGAAAAACACCUGGUUCUUAUACAACUUUGGGCUAAGUAGUGGACGAAUGUGGAGUAUAUUUUCAAAACCAUGCAAUUAUUUGUUUCAACAACUUGAUAACUCAGUAUCCCUCAAUAUCCUGAGAUACGUUGAUCUUGGGAAACAUUAUUCUUUAAAUAUUAAGAUCAUACCUCAUGCAAGAGGUUUUCAAAUACUUGACGUACCACCGGUGAAGGUAUUAGUUGGAAAUCCAACUUUGUUGGAUGUCAGAGCUGAAGGGUUUUUUGAUAACACUGGGAGUUAUCUACUGAACAUUACUUUAUCUAGCAAAAUUUUACAUCCGGGUUCAAGUUCACUGGCAUUUGUUAUCUGGGAAGCAUCAACUGAGUGCUUUGUUACAACAUACGUGCCAACAGUGAAAAGCGGCUGUAGUUAUUUCAAAUCUAUGCAUCAUGUUCCUAGUAAAGUUAUCCCAUUAGAAGACUGGAUUAGUGGAAUUCACAAAGACGAUCAGGGUUUUAAUAUGAUCAAAACUUUGCCGAUAAACUACAGGCCUCCGUCUAAAAUGGGAAUUGCUAUUCCACUCACAGAUAAUUUUUACCAUGCAGAUCCUAGCAAACCUAUACCAAGAAAUCUAUUUCUUAUGUCAAAGAAGACUGGUCAGUUCAAACAGUGUGCUAAUGCGUCUACUCGGGAGGAGUGUAACUGCACAAACGAUCAGAAGUUUUCACAUGCUGUUGCUUUCUCAGACUGCAGAGAAAAAGUUCCUCGUUUUAAGUUUCCGGUUACACAGUAUCCAGUAUCUUUGCAAAUUUCCACUAGGGCAGGAAAUAUACCACUGGAUCUUCCAUAUCUGGUUACUGUGACUGAAGUGAAUAAGAGGGAAAAUUGGAAACUAAAAUAUUCUACACCACCGACUAUAAGAAAACUAGAAUCUCACUUAAAAUCACGUCUUCAAGUUCCAGUGUAUAAUCCUAUAGAUCUCAACUUAAGUAUAAUGGGCUCUGAACUCUUUCACUUCAAAGUUUCUGUUGUUCCGGGGGUCACUUUUUGUAACUUAGUUGAAGAAUUUCAGAUUUAUGUUGACGAAGCACCUUUGCCAUUUCCAGGACAUACUCUUAUUGCCAUUGCAGCAGCCAUAGUGCUAGGGGGAUUAAUUUUUAUGGUAUUUAUGUUUCAACUGCAUAACAUUCACCCGUGGCAGCUAUGCCAAAAACUGUUUCGAAGAAACAAAGUGAACUUAUCCAGAGGCCUCCAGUGCGGAGCCGGCAAAGAGUUAAACCGCCCGCUUGUGGGCGUCCUCCGCCCGCCCGCCCGUCUGUCCGUCCGUCCGUCCGUCCGUCCAGCCCGUCCCUCCGCCCGCGGCAACGGCAGCUCCCAGGAAGGGCAUCCAGGCUGGAGGCCGCUGCGGGCGAAGGUCGCCGAGACCCGCUCGCCGCCUCUCUCACGCCGCGGCCUGCCCCCUGGGCAGGGCGUAGAACGGCUCCUCCCGGGCGCCGGCGUGGGCGCAAUUCCCGAGUCCCCCGUGACGCCUCGACGCGAGGAGGUGGGUGAGCGCACGCCGGUACAGGGCACGCGGGUUCCGCCGCGGGGUGGGCCGCCCGCCGCCCCGAGCGCCCGACGGCGCCGCCGGACGGCCGACCGCCCGUCCAGUUACCAAAUACUAGGGAAUGAAUGCAGCAAGACCAGGACCUCUGCCCAGAAAACUAAAAAUGUCCCGUUUGUGGGCUCGCCACGCAAGUGCGUGCCCCACAGCAGCUCCGAAGACUCGCGGUGGCCUCGCGGCCCAAACCUGUGCCCUUUCUCAGAAGCUUUUCAAUUUCAUCGCAAAGGAGAACCGCCUGAAGUCCGGCGCCUCCCGAACUCCGCGCCUGAGGGCGUCCCAAGUGCCCAGUCCAACAACAAAUGCGGCCCGAAGGGGACACUCGAGGAGGCUGGCGCCAAGCGGCAGAGCCCCAGGCCCGAGACGUCUGGCGCCGGAGAACUGGAGCAGCGGCGGAGGCGGCGGGAGAACUUGAAGGCCGGGAAGCCAAGCACGCUGCUGAGGCUUGGCUCUGCGAUUCCAGCCGGAGGCGGGCCCCACGCCCCUUUCGAAUGCCGGAGCGGGGCUGAUGACGAACACAGGGCGCGACGGACGCACACGCCGCCCCGCGCUCGCACGACGGUGCGUGCUGGGAAGCGCGAGGGAGUCCCGGGCCGUCACCUGCGCGACCGCCUUUCGCCGCCCCCGCUCUCUGAGCUCCCGCCACCUCGGCAACUAGGAGCCCGCCUCGUCCGAGGCCUUCGCUGUAGCGAAGCUGCCGGUCUCUCCUCUGUCUCUUUAAAUGGUGGGGCCAACGGGCCGCCCCUGCAGCUGCUGCCUGGGAGGCCCCGCGCGCGCCUAUUGAGGAGCGAACCAAGAUGGCGGCGGCAUUGGCUCUGUGAGGAAGACGGAAGAGGCGGUGGCAGCGGCGAAGAGGAAGGGACUUCCAACAGUCAGGAGCGCUCCGUCGGCCGCGGGUUCUCGGAGUCUCCCGAUCAGCGGCAGCAGUAG